CCCUCUUCUCCUACCGCACCUGAGAGAGAGAGAGAGAGAGAGAGAGAGAGAGAGAGAGAGAGAGAGAGAUUUUCUGUCUCCUUCUCUUGGCGUGCCUGAGAUCCAUCAGCAAUGGCGGCGGCCGACGAACCCUCUCUCACUCGCUGGAGCUUUCUGGAGUUUAAAACGUUUUAUGAUACCAAGUUUGGGAGGAAGAAGGCGCCUGAAUUGACAAACGGGGAAGCAACUAAUGGAUCAGCCUCUAACGGAACUAAUGAGCAGACGAACAACUCGCAUGAAGAAGCAAACAUGGUGCAGGGCAUGAACACAGGGUCGGCGGUCUCGAAUGCUUCCAAUGGAAUUCGUGAAAAGCCACGUAAACCGAUGUUUCCUGCAUUUGAUUCUGCAGAAACCCGAGCUCUGGCCGAGAGCUUGAGCAGGGAUAUUAUCCGAGGGAGUCCUAACAUCAAGUGGGAAAGCAUAAAGGGACUCGGAAACGCGAAAAGGUUGCUGAAAGAAGCCGUUGUGAUGCCUAUUAAGUAUCCAAAAUACUUCACGGGGUUAUUGUCGCCGUGGAAAGGAAUCCUUCUCUUCGGCCCUCCCGGUACAGGAAAGACAAUGCUUGCAAAGGCUGUCGCUACAGAAUGCAACACUACGUUCUUCAACAUCUCUGCCUCAUCCGUUGUUAGCAAAUGGAGAGGAGAUUCGGAAAAGUUGAUAAAAGUGCUGUUCGAGCUAGCGAGGCACCACGCACCCUCGACGAUAUUUCUCGACGAGAUUGAUGCGAUCAUAAGUCACCGUGGCGGGGAAGGCCGGAGCGAACACGAGGCGAGCCGACGUCUCAAAACCGAACUGCUCAUACAGAUGGAUGGAUUGGCGAAAUCGAAUGAGCUCGUUUUCGUCUUGGCAGCGACGAAUCUCCCUUGGGAACUCGAUUCCGCUAUGCUCCGACGCCUCGAGAAGAGAAUUCUUGUACCUCUGCCUGAUCCAGAGGCAAGAAUGGCCAUGUUCGAGGAGCUCUUGGCCGCGCAAGAACCAGGCGGCAGGGAGGAAUCUCUACCGUUCGAUCUUCUGGUGGAAAGAUCGGAGGGUUAUUCGGGUUCAGACGUUCGGGUGCUCUGUAAGGAAGCGGCAAUGCAGCCGCUGAGACGGACAAUGGCUAUGCUGGAAGACAAAGAGCUCAUGCCCGAGGACGAGUUACCGAAGGUGGGACCGAUCCUUCGGGAAGAUAUCGAAACAGCUCUAAGGAACACUCGGCCCUCGGCUCAUCUGCACGCUCACCUUUACGACAAGUUCAACGAGGAUUAUGGCAGUCAGAUCCUUCAGUGAGCAUCAUGGAAACAAACUAUUACAAAUCAUUACCAUAUGGAGCCAGAACAUGUUUCGUUCAAAGAUUUUCUCUUUCUCAUUCCUAUGAAUAUUUUUGACAUUUUGUUGAUUCGAAUCCUUGAAAUAAAAGCUCCUAUCUGCGUA